AUGGAAAAACAGAUAAAUAGUAUUGAACGACUUGGUUCAUUGUUGUCAUCACGUAAUGCGUUAAUACGUCAUGAAGCAGCACAAGCUCUUGGUCGCUUCCCCUUAUCAAAUCCUCACGUAUCUGAUAUCUUAAGAAGUAAUUUCCAAUCAAAUGCAUGGGAUACACGGGAAGCAGCCGUUGAGGCACUCAGCGCUAUUCUUAAAGUUAUCCCACAUAAAGAUGAAGUUGUUUUACCACGAUUACAAAGUAUUUCUCGACUUGAUUUGAGAGAUGUCAUCCGUACAUAUCAUCCCUUACUUAGCUGUGAAGCAGAAUUGGUGACACGAAUGGGUGACUGUAGCUUCGGCGAACAGCAAAAAUUAGUGGAUGAACAGCUUGAUUUUCAAGCAGUUGCUGGCAUUUCAUCUGGAACAUUCCUUUCCGAGAAUGAUUUUGAUAUAUUUGGCAGUAGAGAAGCUACACCCAAAAAAAAACUAGAUAUUGCAAAUAUUGAUAACAUUGGGUUCGAAGAUAAUUUGGAAGAGUCGGAUAGAAUAGUGCAGUCACUCUGUAUUCAUUUAAUGCAUGAUGUGAUUGAUGUUAAGUGGGAAGUUCGACAUGGUGCUGCUCUUGCGAUAGCAUGUGUUUUGGCUGUUGUACCUUCGCGGCUUUCUUCCUCGCUGGUGGAUGUUUUAGCUACUAGACUUUUCCAAGUUAUUGCGCUCGACAAGUUUAUAGACUUUUCUUCUGGAAGGUUAGUUUAUGUUACUGGUAACUUUGGUUGGGGUCUGUACCGAAUUCCGACAGCAGUUGGACCAGUUAGAGAAGCAGUUGCUGAAUGUAUUGCUCGCUUAACGAUGAUUUUCCCCUCACCAGAGUUCUUCAAUGUCAUCUUUAGUCAUGUAUAUAUUUUGCAUGAGAUGACAGAUGAUAUUCAUGCCAAAUGUCAUGCUGUUGAAGAUUUAGACACUUAUGAACAUUCAUGGUUUCAACGUCAAGCAGCAUUAUUAAUCAUAAAAUAUCAUCUUGCUGGACCGUACUAUGAUGUGAAGUUCAACGAAGUCUUCAAAUUAUUGCUUUGCUCAUUUGAAGACUCUCACGAUGAGGUUUGUGCUUCGGCUCUUUCUGCAGUUACUACUCUUUUUUGUAAAAGUGAUUUGAAACCAGAAGUUUCAAAAAUAAUUUCUCAUAUGGAACAUGUCAUUUAUCGUUUCAUUGAUUCCGCUUGCAACAUUUCGAAAAAUCAGCUGCUGGACAUCGACACAGUUGCAGUCGAUCUUUUAUCACUAUUAUUUAUUUGGUUGCAAGGCGAUUCACGUCGUAAACUCCCCCACUGCGUAUCAAAUAAUCUUUCCCAUCUACUGGAUCCUAUACAUAUGACUUUAUCCUUUAAAGUAGUCAAUGUUUUUCUCGAGUCGUUCUCGAGACCAUCUCCUUUGAAGGAUGAAAAAGAAUGUAAAGAAUUCGAAACAUGUACAAUGUCAAUAUUAUCGUCUUUAUUCCGUAUUAUUCUUUUCGCUGCACCGCAGGAUACAGAGGAUCUCAUUGAAGCUUGUAUAUUAUGCGUUCAUCGUAUUGUCGAAUAUUUUAUAUUUACAAAGCAUCUACCACAAGCUUUAGUUGAAACGAUUGGCCGGUGGAUGGCUUGUCUUCUUAUUGAUGCACGAAAUGCAGAAAUUGAUCUCGAAAAAUAUAAUGUAUGUUCGGAUGCUAAUCGAAAUUCUACAGAAUUUCUGUGUGGAGAUGAAAUUCGAUCAUUAAGCGAUAUGGUUCGAAUUGAUGUUGUAUUAACUCGUAAACUGCAUGUGGCUCGUUUUUUAGCUCCACUUAUUUCAACGAUCUAUAAUUUUCCUCUGAAGAUUGGCGACCAGUUUUUGAGUGAAGCAGUUCAGCUCCUGAUCACUCCUUCGAUGAAAUCCUUAAUAAUAAUGCAUAGACUUGGCGGUGUGCUGUUAAGUCAUGCAUGGUUCACGUAUAUCUGGAGAUCGGGUACUACCAUUGAUAUUCCGAAUUAUGUGACUGAAAUUCUUCAUAGUUUGAUCAUGUCACCAAAUGCUGCUUAUGAUGAUGAGAAAAUGUUCUUUAUUUAUCUAGAAAAUGCUUAUAAAGACUUUGCAUCGUAUUGUCGAAAUAAAGGAGUAAGUGCAGCGGAAAUUUUCAACGUGGAAGACACUGGAGACACAAUAGAUAACUAUGCUAGUGCUCUUUACGAGAUCUGCUUCAAUUACUUGAGACAAGAAAGUGAUCGAGAAACAUUACGUCUAAGAUAUGAAAGUUUCAAAUGUGCUGUUGCAACAGCUAAAGCAGUAAUGACAUCUAACAUUUCACGUGUUAAUGCAGUAACUGUUUCAUCCUUGCUGCUUAUUUAUCCACAAUCGCUAUUAAAUUCACCAUCACUAAAUCCUUUCGUGAAGCCACUUAUGGAGCUAAUUCGCUUUGAAGAAAAUAAGACUUUCGCGCAAUAUGCUCUAAAUUCAAUACCAAUUCUAUUUCGAAUCGCAUCUGAAAAAAAGCCAAAUCCGCAUGCGAAAAUGAUCAAACAAAUUGUUGUUAGUUUGGUAUCAUGCAGUAAUCGUUUUCCUGAAGAAUGCAAAAGUCAAGAACAUAUUAUUUCGCAGUGCUCAAGGGGUCCUUUUUCUGCACGUUCUCAAAAUGCAGAGUACGUCCUUCGUAUGUUAGUAACUCCUGUUGCUGCUACUGAUAUGUCAAGUCUUCUUGAUUUUAGAAAUCGGGAUUCUUCAAAAGAAACAGCUAUGUUUAUGAUGGCAUACUCGACUUACGUUGAUGAGAGCAGGAAACAGGGGAUUGUCCCUCCUCACCUCUCUGAUAUCGUGUUAGAACUCAAGACUCAUUUGAGUUCAGAGAAUACAGUUAUUCGGUAUUGUGCAGCACAUUGUUUAUGUGGUAUUUCUCGCAUUAAUGGGUUUUUACGACCAGUAUUGAAAACUGUUAUAGCGCCACUGCAGGAAGAAUUACGCAGUGGAGAAACACAAUCUCAUGUUCGAUGUGGGCUUGCUGAGCUGCUCUUCUUAUUGAGUGCAUUUCACGUAGAAAUGCUAGGUGGUCUUAGAUUGCUAGCUCCGAUAUCUCUACGUCUUAUGACAGACAGUUGUCAGGCUGUACGUGAAGUUGGAGCAGAAUCAUUCCGCAAUUUCGUACCACUUAUGGCUAUAAAAGCAAAUCGAAAGGUCGAAGGAAGUGUCUUGCUGGAAAAUGACAUGGCGGAUGAGAUCUUCGGAGAAAAUUCUAUUGAGUUUUUGUUAGGCGACCCAACUCGCUUACCUGAAUUAAAAUUAAGUGAUAUCAAAGGAUUGAAAUCUACAACGUGUUUGCGACAUUAUCAGCAGGAAGGUAUUCGAUGGAUGUCAUUUUUAGAAGAAUAUGGGCUGAGUGGCAUUCUUGCUGAUGACAUGGGACUCGGUAAAACUAUUCAGACCCUUUGUUUAUUAGCGAUGAAAAUUCAUCAUAAACCGUCAGCAAAGGUCUUGAUUGUGUGCCCUCCAACUUUGGUCAAUCAUUGGUGUGCAGAGUGGUUGAAAUUUUUUCCUUCCUUAUUACCAUUUCAUAAGAUUGAAGAGGGAUGUCGAGAAAAAAAUAAAUUAUUGAUGAACAAGCACCAAAUAGUCACGGUUGCAUCGUACAAUACCGUACGAUUUUGCUCUUAUUUCCAGGAAGUAGAGUGGUUUUAUUUGGUUUUGGAUGAAGGCCAUGUGAUAAGGAAUCCAACUACUCAACUAUUCAAGACAUUAAUUAGUAUCAAAGCACAAAAUAGGCUUAUACUUUCUGGAACUCCUGUGCAAAAUACACCAGCUGAUUUGUGGGCUCUUUUUCAAUUUCUUAUGCCUGGAUAUUUGGGAACGAUGAAGCAUUUUAAGUCAACUUUCUUAAAUGCGAUCAAUGGAUCAAGAAAUGUAAAUGCCUCAUCUCUAGAGAUAAAGGAAGGUCAGAGUGCGUUGGAUCGUUUGCACAAGUCUAUUCUUCCAUUUGUAAUGAGGCGCUUGAAAACAGAUGUACUGCAAGAUCUCCCUGAAAAAAUUGUCCAAGAUUACAUGUGUAGCAUGACUCCUGUGCAGCGUUCUGUAUACAGUCACAUUGUGGAAAUGUAUAAGCUAAGUCAAGCCCCGACGUCUAACGGUGCGAGCUUAUGUGCUUUGGAAACCAUUGCCGAACUUCGAAAGUGUACAGUACAUCCAGCUCUUGUUAGCGAUAAAAUUUUAAAACAUUCGAAUAUAUUGCAAUUACGAGGUUGCGUCGAGGAAUCUGGUAAACUGAUUGCAUUACGUGAACUUCUUAAGCAGUGUGGUAUUGGUUCACGCGAGAGAUAUGUACUAUCUGAUGAUUUUGCUGUUGAAGAGAACGAAAUAUGUGAUAAUAAUAGUCAUCGUGCUCUAAUAUUUUGUCAGCGGUUAUCUGCAGUGCAGCUCCUCGUGACUUUAUUCGACUCAGGAGAUCUCGGUUCUGAUAUAAGAUAUGCAGUGCUGGAUGGUUCAGUGCCUGUCAGCGAAAGGCAUUCUGUGGCUGAGAAAUUCAACGUCAAUCCUAGUAUACAUGUUUUAAUACUUACAACAAAUAUAGGUGGCGAAGGAUUAAAUUUGAUUGGAGCAGAUAUCGUUAUUUUCAUGGAACAUGAUUGGAAUCCAGUCAAAGAUUUGCAAGCUAUGGAUCGAGCUCAUCGCAUUGGGCAAAAGUGUGUCGUUAAUGUUUAUCGAUUGAUUACUGAAGGUUCUAUUGAGCAGAAAAUAAUGCGGUUACAGAAAUUCAAAAUAGAUACAGCUAAUGCAUUGGUUGGUGCAGACAAUCGUUCAAUGCAAACAAUGGCUGUGGAGCAGCUUGUGCAACUUUUUACGAUUGAUGAUACUAUGAGUGUUGAUACAUGUUCUGCAAAGAAACCAAACAUGAAUGUUGAGCUUUCAAGUUUUCAUGAAAAUACCUCAUCGCUAUUAGAAAUUGAAGGCAAAUUAAAUAUCAAAGAAUUGUGGGAUUUGUCACAGUAUGAUCGGUAUAGUGCGCAUUCAGUGACACAAUCAUUUGAAAGCCUUCAGAGGAGUAACUGUGCGAUGGGAGAACUUUCGGAUGUUGCUACUAGCAGUGAGAGCAACGUUAUUUUUGAUACCAUUAAAUGCAAAAAACUCAAGCUCGGUGAUUGA